GUAGUUACACGAAAAGGAUCCAAUCCACAACAUUGUCAAAAAUGACUUAAGUAUACCAAAGUAAUGCUAAAUAUCGAUAUUAUCGGUCAGUAAAAAAGACCCACGUCAAAACAGCUGUUUUCCUUUGAAUUUAAACAUCGGAACCAACCCACAUCUAUAGCCGCUUAUAUAUAUUUUUUCACUUAAAACAAUCCAACUGUCGUGGUUCUUACCCUGUGUUAGAAACUAAAUCAGUAAAUCGAUCCAAAUAGAUUGGAUCCUUUUUGCGAAAUUUGAAUACCAACUUCAACCACACGUCAAUAAAAACGCAAAAACGAUCCACUCUGCUUGGAUUUAUUUGCUGAAUUGCUUAUUUUAUAAUCAAAUUAAUAAAACGAUCCAGAAAGCUUGGAUUUUUUUCAAGAAAUGCAUUUUUACGUUUUCUUCUAAUAAAUCUGUUAACGAAAACGAUCCAUAAUAGUUCUUGGUGCUUACUUACUGAUUAUAUUUAAAAAAAAACAGUAUAAAAAUAUUGUUUCACAAAAACAACCCAAGCCCAAUCUAAUCAUACUUAUUUAUGUAUAAAUUAUAAAUUAGGUAUGAUUAGAUUAUACACCUAUAUAAAAUUUUCGUAGCCUGGCCGGUUAAAAAAAAUACAAAUCAGUGCUGCCAACUGAUUAAUCUGUCAGUACUUAGUUCAGUCAGUUAAUUCUUCAAAUUACAAGACUAGAUGUGCGCGCUUAUUCGUGAAUUUGAUUAGUGGCUCCAAAAAUGAAGAGGAUAGAUAGAAUUAUGUGUAAUGUGAUAAAAGAUUGUUCAAACAGUGAACAAGAUCUCGAACCAGGUAAGUUGCUUGUUGAUUUAACUAUAUUUUUAAAUAACCUAAAAAUUUUGGUAUUUUUAUUACAUGAAAAGAUUAUUUCGCGUUUGGGUUCUUUUGUUUUUGAUUUGAUUUGCUUGUUUCUGCACAGCGCGUGCGCAUGCAUUUUAGUUAUGAUGUAAUGGAAUGAGUUUUCUUUUAAUAAGAUUUAUAAUAAAACCAUUUCUUUUGUGGCAAAGGCAAACUUAAACUGUAUAAUCAUUGAUCAGCUGACCGGCUUGGGGCUUAAAGGUGUAUUUAUAUCUUUUAGAUGACUUGAUUUCUCCGGAAGCUCCCAUAUAUUCUCCGUUGACACCACUGAGAACGACAAAAAAUGAGACUGAUAUUUUGGAUAAGGGUAUGUAUGAAGUCAAUUCCUUUUCUACACCAUUACUAUAACAGUGUUUUUAUUAAUGCGGUAUUUUUUGUACUAAAGCUAAUUUCUUGAAAGGUCGUAGACAUGUUUUAUCAAAAUUGGUUAAGCCGUUUACUAGAUUUCGGGAAUUUCAGAUGAAUAAUCGAAAAAUGACAAAUAUACCCCUGUGGGGUAACAAACGAAAGGGCAUCACGUUUAUAUUAGAAAUAUCUUAAGAUCAGGGUAUUUUAAUUUGCCUAGAGAAUAACUUGUAAAAUAAAUAAAUAAAUACUUACAGAUAACGAGCCUCAGAUGUCACCUGUACCUUAUAUGUCUCCAAGUACAUUAGAUUUGUACCAAACUUUGAGCGGCAUUCAUACUCCGAUUCAAGAAUAUCCUAAAGACUUAAACGAGGUAGAUUUAGAAGAAGAAAAUGUUUUAAACAGACAUUUUUCCACUCCAAAGAAUAACACAGAUAAUAUUAGUGAUUUCAGUGCUGAUACCGACACAGAUUAUGUCCCAGAUAGUAACUCAGACUCAUCUGAUGAUGAUACUACAGUGACAUCUAGAAAAAUCAAUAUUGUGGCUAUAGUUCACAGUAAUGAUACUCCACGUAAAGGUCAUUUGAUUACACGUUUACAAGAUACAAAUGUGUCACAUGUACAUGAAGGAACAACUGUAAGAGGGAACAGUGAAACUAUAGAAUCAUUAGAAACUAUAUAUUCCAUACAAUCUGAUAAUGGUAACAAUGUAGAAAAUUUCCAGAAUUAUUCCAACCCAGGACAGAGUCCAACAUCAGACAGUUUGAUUCCAUUGCAUACGGAUUUUACACACAUAACUGAUAGUUUACAAAAUGAAGCUGUUGAGCCUAAUACUGAAGAAAAUUUCGUUGAAGAUUCUAAUACGGAUCAGAUUUUGUCAUCAGUUGGACGUCCAAAAAAGGGUCGAAAACGAAAACAUCCAGAGUUUACGAUAGCACAAGCAAAGACAAGGAAGUAUAAAAACAAAAGUUAUCUUACCAAGAAAAAGUAUGUUGACCCGAAGGUGUUUCACGACUACUCUUGCUCAUGUCAAAAGAAAUGUUACCAAUUGGUUUCCUUAGAGAAAAGACAGGAAGAGUUUGAAAAAUUCGUUACUUUAGGAUCUUAUGAAGCUCAAGCAUUAUAUAUUGCAAAAACAGUGAGAGAAAAUAAAAAAACUAGGAGUUACACCGUCUUAAAGGGUAACAAGAGUGGUAAAAAAAGACCAAGAGAAUAUACACGGACAUACUCUUUAUGUGGAAUAGACGUUUGUCGAGACAUGUAUAUUAAUAACUUUCAAAUUACAACAAAAAAAGUUGAUAUAAGUUUGAAAAAAAAUCGUAGUGGAAGUACCUUACAAGACCAACGAGGGAAACAGGGUGGCGGUUGGAAUAAGACUAAAGUGCACGAAGUAGAGUUUAUAAAAAAUAUAAUUAACAAGUUGCCACAAUACGAAUCACAUUAUAGAAGGGACCAAACAAAUGGUUGCAAAUUCUUGAAAUUAGGAAUGACUGUACAAGCUAUAUAUGAUUUAUAUUUAGAGGAAUUCAAUAAAUCAAUAAAUACCGACCCUACAAAUCCAAAAAAGCCAGUAUCGUUUUCAACUCUAAAACGUAUAUUUUACGAUAAUUUCAAUCUUAGAUGUAAGAGUUUACGAAAAGACACAUGCAAUAAAUGUGACACUCUAUCAAUCAAGAUUAAAAAUUGUACAUCAGAUGUUGAGCGCAAACAGUAUCAAGAAGAAAAAGAGAUACACUUGAAGAGAGCUGAAGAGUUAAGGAGAGACAUGAAAGAGGAUAUGAUGAAAGCUAAAACCGAAGACAAUUUUGAAUGCAUAACAUUUGAUAUGGAAAAAACGUUGCCUCUUCCUCGAAUCCCAACAAGCGUCGUUUUUUACAAACGACAACUUUGGUUUUACAAUUGCUCUGUACAUACUGGCUCAGAUAAUAUCGGACAUUGUUAUGUUUGGGUUGAGGGUGAAGCGGGUCGAGGGUCCCAAGAAGUAGGAUCAUGUAUUUCCAAAUAUAUAAAACAUAAACUGGACCCUAAAGUAGAACAUCUUGUGCUUUGGAGCGAUUGUUGUGGAGGCCAAAAUCGCAACAUCAAAAUAGUAUUGAUGUUAAAAGCCGUCUUGAAUUCCCAUCCCACGUUAAAGACGAUAACUUUUAAAUAUUUGGAAUCGGGACACACAUUCUUACCAAAUGAUACAGAUUUCUCAAAAAUAGAAACGAUGCUGAAAUACCAUGAAAGGAUAUACACAGUCAAAGAAUAUAUUAAUAUUAUUAAAAAUUGCAAAAAACAACAUCCAUUACAAGUUUACCGAAUGGAAAAAAAUGAUUUUAUGGGGACCAAAACACUUGAAAAGAAUACAGUAAAUAGAAAACUUUUUGUAUCCAAAGAAAAAGUUAAUUGGUUAAAGACAAAGGUGAUUUUAAUAGAUAAGGACGAUAAAUUUCAUGUUUACAUGAAAGCCGAUUCUGAUAAUUUCAAUCAACUUAAUAUUGAAAAAAAGUUAAAAGGUAAAUCCUUUGAUAUUAAUGAGAAAGACCUUGUUUUAUUGUGGCCCAACGGCAAGGUAAUCCCUCAACCCAAGUUGGAUGAUCUUAUGUCCAUGUUAGAUUUGAUCCCAAAAGAUUGUCAAGACUUUUAUAAAUCUCUAAAGGGUAGUUCUAAUAUCGUAGAAGACAUAGAAGGCUACGACGGAGAUCUUGAUUUUAUUCCUGAGGAGAGUGAUGACUAAAAGGCUUGGUUAUCUUAUAAGAUUACUUUUUUUUUCGAACUGAUUUUAAAUUUAAACAUUUUAGAAAAUUUCACUUCAGUAAUUUUUCAAAUACUUUAUGUUUUGUGUUUUGCAAGUAGGAAAGAGUGCAUACUGUACUACCGACUGUUCAAAUUCUUCGAAAUGCGAUUAAUGUUCUGUGUGUAUGACUGUUUUUUUUUAUAAAAUUAAAGUUAUAAUAAUAAAAAAUGAC